CAAAACGGCCGCACGAACGCACCACGACCUUCUCUCCUCCUCCUCUGCUACCCACUCCACCCGACGAUCCUCCACUCGGCCGCCCCCUGUAGAUCCUCCGCUUGGCCGCCCGCCGUAGAUCCUUCGCUCGGCCGCCCCCAGCCGAUCAUCCUCUGCUGCCCCGCGGACUGCCGCCGCCGAUGAGCCCAUCUGAUGGCGGUGCCGACCCAUCUUCUGGUGCUGGAUGCGGCAACCAGGGCGAAGGAGAAGAAAUUAAUGUAGACUACCACCAUCGCCAGGUUGCACGUGAACAACCGACCGUUGUGGUGGCCUUCAGGUUGGCCACGGAGAAGUCCUGGAGCGGCGGCGUGUCCAAGAGGAUGCAGCUCGCCAGCCCGCUGCCCGCUGCCCGCCGCUCCUCCCCUGCCUUCUCCUUCUCUCCCUUUCCUUCUCCUUCCUUCUUUCCUUUCUCCAUGUUUUUUCACCUCCGGCUCCCUCUCUGUCGACUGUCUCUAUGCAGCUCCGCCUCUAUGGAGAUCGCCGCCCCGCGUGUGCCGUCACCUGUAAGACUCCGUUCGACGCCCGUCGUCCUCGCCUCCCAUGUCUCCUGCCGCUUGCCCCACAUCGUGGUGCACCAUGGAUGCCAGCCAGAUCGAGCAUGGGCACGAGAGGCGCCGCGCUCCC